AUGUCUUCUACAGAGUCUGAUGGCAACCGCCAGCCGGGGCUCAUCACCCUUUGUGUCGUGAUGCUCAUAUUGGCUGUGGCCUCCGUCGCGCUCCGCUGCUGGUCCAUCUGGGGGUCGCGCACUCACAAGUUUGGUUAUGACGACGUGUUUGCCAUCCUAACAUUGCCCUUCAUUAUCGCCGAAUCGGCCCUCAUAUUCUACUGGAUCUCCCAGGGAUUGGGUCGUCAUUCGGCCACAUUACCCAUCAGCAAUCAACUCGAGGGGCCAAAGAUUAUCUUUGCCGCCGCCUACUUAUACGAUGCAUGCAUUACUUUUCCCAAAUUAUCGGUGCUCUGCUUCUACGAUCGAGUGCUCAGACGGGGAGGCACCUGGGUCCGCCCUACGCUCUGGGUGGUCGGAACGCUCUGCGUUUGCUGGCUGAUCGGAUCCUGUGCGAUCCUAGAUGUGAUCAUCCUGUUGAUCCCGCUGCCACUUCUCUGGACGUUGCAAAUGACCAAGGCGAAGAAGGUCAUGCUAAGCGGCCUCUUCGUUUGCGGUUACUCAGUGGUCAUCGUUUCUCUCGGUCGGCUCGUUACUCUCCUCAAGGCCGGCUCUGCCUUGGAAGCCGAUCUGACCUGGAGCACCAUCGAAUAUAUCUGUUGGGUGCAGUGUGAAGGCCCCAUUUCUCUCAUCGCAAUGUCAUUAUCUGCGAGCAAGCAAACUGCGUCGGACUUGCUGAGUGGCAAGCGAUCAUUCCGUCCCCUCGAAGAAGACAGAGAGGCCAUCCUCAUGGACCACUACUCCGGGGCUCCAAAAAGGCAUAACUUUAACACCACCACCGAAGCAAUGCGAUCGGACUCGGAGCGGGAUAGUGUCUGA